ACCAGUUUCAACUAUUUUAUUCUUAGAUACAAAUAAAAGUAGAAAUAUAAAGGUAAACACAAAAUGGAUGCUGCAACAAAAUUGAAAGUCUUUUUAUCAGGAAAGAAUUAUGCAUUAUCACAAGAUAAAGUGUUUACAACUUUAGAAAAGGAUACACGUUUUAAUACCGGGUUAAAUUACAAUGACUAUGCCAACAUGAGCUUGGAAGAGUUUCGUCUUCUUGAACAUAAACGUGCAGCAGCACUAGCUGAAUAUCAGUUUAUUGAGAAUGAUGAUAUAAUCUCAAAUCCAAGUUGUGCUGGUGCGUGCAGCGAUGCUAUGGUGUUUAUAGAAUGGAGUGGCGGAAUGAAGUAUUUCUUGAAUAGAUCACUUUUUUCAUUAACUAUAUAUGGAUCUACCACUCAUCCAGAAGCUUUGGACAUUGCAGCAAAAGCAGAUAGAUUAGAGAUUUUUGGUUGCUUUGCUCUCACAGAGUUAUCACAUGGAAGCAACACAAAAGGGAUGCGCACAACUGCAACUUAUGAUCCCAAAACGCAGGAGUUUGUGUUGAACACACCAGAUUACGAAGCCAUGAAAUGCUGGUCAGGCAAUCUUGGACAAGUAGCAACUCAUGCUAUCACAUAUGCACAACUAUAUACUCCAGAUGGUGUUUGCCAUGGUUUGCAUGGCUUCAUUGUAGAAGUUCGAAACAUUGAUAGACUUCCUAUGCCUGGUGUUACUGUAGGGGAUAUGGGACACAAGUUGGGACUUAACGGUGUAGACAAUGGGUAUAUGUUGUUGAAGAAUGUUCGCAUUCCUCGGUCACACUUACUUAACAAGCAAGGCGAUGUUACUCCUGAUGGGAAGUAUGUCUCACCCUACAAGAAUAAAGCGACACGUUUUAGUGCUGUUCUUGGUACACUAUCUGGUGGUCGUGUUGGUAUAACUGGUCUCACUACAUGCAACUUGAUCAUGGCUAUCACCAUAUCAGUAAGGUAUUCCUUCCAACGAAAGCAAUUUGGACCAAUUGAAGGAGGACCAGAACUUCCUGUGAUUGAUUAUCAAAUGCAGCAAUGGCGCCUUUUUCCAUAUCUUGCUGCAGCUUGUAUCUGGCAUCCAUUUGCAGUGUGGUUUGCAACAUUGUUUUAUCGAAUAUCUGUUAAUAAAUAUGUUGGAGUGGCAGUCAGUCCUGAAUUAGCGGCUGCGCAGGGUAAAGAGAUUCAUGCUUUAUCCUGUGCUAGCAAACCUGUUGCAUCAUGGGUAGCUAGAGAUGCAAUACAAGAGUCACGUGAGGCUUGUGGUGGUCAUGGUUACCUAAGUGUGAACAGAUUGGGUUGGUUGAGAGACACCAAUGAUCCAAACUGUACAUAUGAAGGUGAUAACAAUUGUAUUCUGAUGCAAACAAGUAAUUAUUUGCUUGGCGCUUACAAGGAGUUGCAGAAAGGAAUUUAUGUGGAGUCUCCAUAUGGCAGCAUCACUUUUUUAAAUCAAAUGGUUAAUAUACUGAAGAAGAAAUGCUCAAUUAAAACGCAAGCUGACAUAACGCCAAAAGUGAUAGAGGAUAUGCUUCAGUGGUUAGUGGCGUAUCUAUUAAAGAAAAGUAACGAAAAGGUGCAAAACCAACUAGCUAUGGAUAAGGAUGAAUUUAGUGCGAAGAAUGAUUCACAAGUCUACUUUUGCCGAUCACUUGCUAUUGCUUAUAUUGAGAAUUUUGUACUGCACAAAUUCGCAUCAGAAAAAGCCUUCUCACCGAACUGUCCACCGGAGUUUAGUGAGCCGUUGAAAUAUGUAUACAUGUUGUAUGGUUUGUGGGUAAUAGACAAGCAUAUCGGAACUUUUUUUCAAGGUGAAUAUUUUGCGGACCAGUCACAGGCCGAGUUAAUAAAAGAGUCAAUUUUAUCUUACUGUUCUAUGAUGAAGAAACACGCUUUGCUAUUGGUCGAUGGAAUUGCUCCUCCUGAUUGGGUGUUGAAUUCACCAAUAGGACACAGCAAUGGAAAGCCUUUAAAAAAUCUUUACGAUGCCAUGGUAACAGCGGAAUCGCAACAAAGACCAAAAUGGUGGAAGGAGCUGUUAAAACCAAUUGACGUUGGAACUAGAUCAAACCUGAUUUCCAGCAAAUUAUAACAUUAGUUUUUUUUAGCAAUGCAGUCAAUCAGGAUAUGUUUUAUUUUUAUUUUGGAUUAGUUAUAUCAAACGUUAAUCCAUAAUCAGUUAUUUGACAACAAAUUGUUUGGAAGUCUAUAACAUACAAAAUAAUAACACCUCAUUUUUUAGAGUGGCUAAUCUAAUUUUUAUGCACGCGUUGUAUUUUUUAAAAUUGUAAUUAAUUACGAAAUAAACAGUAAUUAUUUUAAUAA